GCCUGCCUGUCUGUCCUCAAUCAGGAGCUACCCCUAUCCACAGAUAAAGAAGGAAGCGGGCAGGUACAGCUGAACCUGUUCUCUUUUUCUCCUCCAUUUUCACCUUUCUCUCUCCACUCUCCACUCUGGAGAGAGAGAAAGAGGAGUGAGGCUGUAUUUGUUUUUCUUUCUGUCUGUUUUUUUUAUGUUUGGCUCUUCUCUACGUUGGGAGCUUGCAUUGAAAGUGGCUUCAGGAUAUUUACUGAGUGAGACAGGAGCCAAUCGUCACUGAACGCAGCAUGGGGUCUGAUGACUCGUACAAUUUUGUCUUUAAGGUGGUUUUGAUAGGGGAGUCUGGCGUAGGAAAAAGCAACCUCCUGUCUCGCUUCACCAAGAAUGAGUUCAGUCACGACAGUCGCACAACCAUCGGUGUCGAGUUCAGCACGAGGACCGUUCAGCUGGACAGCUUCACCAUCAAAGCUCAAAUCUGGGACACAGCAGGGCUGGAGCGCUACAGGGCUAUCACCUCAGCGUACUACAGGGGAGCGGUUGGAGCGCUGUUGGUCUAUGACAUUAGCAAACACCUGACCUAUGAGAGCGCAGAGAGAUGGCUGAAGGAGCUGUACGACCACGCAGACCCUCAUAUCGUGGUCAUGCUGGUGGGAAAUAAGAGCGACCUGGAGACCCUCAGGACUGUGCCCACAGAGGAGGCCAAGGACUUUGCAGACAAGAGAGGUCUUAUGUUCAUGGAAACAUCAGCGUUGGACUCCACCAACGUGGAAGCUGCCUUCAAUGAAGUGCUCACCGCGAUCCAUAAGAAAGUGGCCAGCAGAGAGGUGACCCGCGGCUCCAUUAGCGCUGUAACUCUAUCCAGCCCCAUCGGACCGACCAGCGAGGCACAAGAGGAGCGCAGAGGCUGUUGCAAGAGCUCCUAACAGACUGCAGCCCCCAUACAGAUCUGCUCUGUCCACGUUGAAGCAACAUCAUGCUCGACUGUCAUUCAAGCUCAAGCAUGACAUCUUUCACACACUAUUUGAAGUGCAAGGUACCCACUUGACACUUGAGGAGUCAAUGUACAAACGUCCUAUAAAAGCUGCACAGUAUAUAACCGAGAAACAACAGAUUCAAAGAAAAUCCAUAUUUUUUUAACACUAUAUUUCCUGUGGUGUCUAAUGGGCGUUUCUGCUUCCACUUCAUAUUUUUAAAGAGUUGUAAAUUUGUGUUGCUUUUAUACACAAAUGCACUGGGAUUGAUUCGGAAUAAAUUAUUUAUGUUA